AUGGUUUACAACGGAGACGAGGUGUCGGCUGUCGUUGUCGACUUUGGCUCGCACACGACGCGUGCUGGUUGGGCAGGCGAGGACGGCCCACGUAUCGUUACCCCUACAUUCUACGGCUACACCGAUGCCGAGGCCAGCAGCUCUAACGGUGCCCCGGCCGAUGGCGACGAUCCGAUGGAUGGCGAGCAGAAGCCGGAACAGGAAGAGGUCAACAAGACCAAGAAGCGGACCUAUUACUUUGGCGACGAUGGCGCCAAUGUCUGGCGCGCCAACCAGGAGGUCGGCAACUUUAUGGUGGAUGGCGUUGUGAAUGAUGGCGAGGCCGCUGGCCAGAUGCUCAAGUACCUGCUCCGCGAGCGCCUCAACAUCGACCCCACCGAGCACCCUCUCAUGCUCACCGAGCCCGCAUGGAACACCCCUGCAGCCCGCGAAAAGCUCGUAGAGCUCGCGUUCGAGGGUGAAGGUGUCCCAGCAAUCUACUUUGGUUCGUCGGGGGUCCUGUCCGCGUUCGCUGCCGGCAAGCCUACCGCCCUUGUGCUUGACGUCGGCUACGCCAAUGCCAGCGCUGUCCCCGUUGUCGAUGGCUAUGCCCUUCGUGCAGGCACCAUGCGCCAGCCUCUUGCCUCGUCACUGCUCCUCUCGCAGCUGCACAACCACUUUUCCAGCCCGACCGCGACGCGUAGCUUCCCUCUGUCGCUCUUGCCGCGCCACCUGAUCGCCAAGCGCGACACCACGUCCGAGCCUGGACUUGAGCCCCACCCCACCCUCCGUGAGGACAGGUUGAGCGGCACGACUGGCUCGUGGCGCUCGUGGGCCGAGGAGGUCGUUGUCGACACUUGGAAGGAGACGUGUGGCGAGGUCAUCAACUAUAAGGGUUUCGACUUCCGUUCUGCCCGCGACCUGCCCCAGUCGCUCUACGAGUUCCCCGACGGCUACCACCAGUACUUUGGCGAGGAGCGCUACCGCUUCACCGAGAUGCUGUUUGACCCUAAAAACUAUUUCAACCAGGCCGUCGAGCCCCCCGCGUCGCUCCGCACCACCCCUACGGGCGACCACUCGCACAGCCUCAAGGACGUGGUCCCCCUCAGCCAGCUGGUCCACGACUCGAUCAUGGCCUGUGACGUCGACGUCCGUGCCUCGCUGUUGCAGAACAUUGUCGUCGUCGGCAACACGUCGCUCACCCGCGGUCUUACCGAGCGUCUCGACCUCGAGCUCGCGCAGCUCCUCCCAAGCCAAAAAAUCAAGAUCCACUCCCCUACUAUUCCCUUCGAGCGCAAGUACUCGUCGUGGCUCGGUGGCUCGGUGCUCGCGUCGCUGGGCACGUUCCACCAGCUCUGGGUCACAAAGGAGGAGUAUGAGGAGCACGGUAUGGCCAUUGUGCACCAGAGGUGUAAGUAG